AUGUCUCGGUGGCUCCUUUCUUUCGUCGCCGGAAGCGCCCUCGCGGCUGCUUCUGGUCUCCCCCUGAAGCUCGAGACUCGUCACGCCGUCACUUCUCGUGUUUCCAACAUUCAUCUGACAAUCGAAGAGCCCGUUGAUGGAUCCGUCACCUUCACUUACGGAUCUUGCCGCGGCGUCUCGCUCGACGAUGCUCAUCACACCAUCGUCAAGUCCGAGGUCCGCGACUCCCAGCGCCUCGUCUGGGUCCUCCCUGAGGAUGCUCACUCCGACGGCUGUAUCUCCGCUUGGAGCGUUUCUGGCUCCUUGGUUGGCCGAAGUGAGCCUCAGACUCUUCACCACAGCUGGAAGCGUCGUGCUGCCAAGAGAUCCAUUCACAUGAGCAACGAGACUGGCUUCGACACCCUCGGCGCCUGGUUCGAGGGUGUCAACCUGCUCAAGGACAAGGAGCCUGCCGCCGUAGACGUUGACGCCGCCAAGUCUAAGCAGAUUGCCAUCGUAGGCGCAGGCAUGGCGGGACUCAUGUCCUACCUCGUCCUGUCUCAAGCUGGCAUGACCAACAUCAGCAUCAUCGAGGCCGGUCAGCGCCUCGGCGGUCGUGUGCACACCGAGUACCUCUCCGGCGGGCCCUUCGACUACUCCUACCAGGAGAUGGGUCCCAUGCGCUUCCCCGAGACCUACGUCGACCCCAAGACCAACGCCACUUACAACAUCUCUGACCACCAGCUCGUCUUCCAGCUCGCCGCCGAGAUGAACGAGCUUAACAACCACGACAAGAACCUCAGCGUCGACUUCAUCCCCUGGAUCCAGUCCAACGUCAACGGCUUGUCUUACAAGAACGGCAUCAAGCUCGCCAACGGCCUGCCACCUACCCUCGCCCAGAUCUCCGCCAACUCCUCGCUCGCCGUCGCGACCGUCUACGACGAUGCCACCAACGCCCUCUCCGCGGAGGAGGAGAAGUACAUGCCCGGCAGCGACUUCUCCGUCGCCAUGGCGAAGAACAUGUACAAGGCCCACGGCGAGUGGGUUCGCAACGGCUUGAAUGGCCUGGGCGGCGACACCUGGUCUGAAUACGCCUUCAUGGUGAACUAUCUCAAGGGCUCCCUCAACUCCACCGACGCCCUCGGCAUGUACUCCGCUACCUCUUUCUGGGACACCCUCUACGAGGGCAUGUACUUCGAGGCCGCGACCUACAGGACCAUUGAUGGUGGUCUCAGCCGUCUGCCCCUGUCCUUCCACCCCCUCGUUGACGACGUCACCACCAUGGACCGCAAGAUCGAGCGCGUGCAGUUCACUGAGGACUCCAAGGUCAACCUCCAGUGGCGCAACAACUUCACCGAGAAGACCUUCCAGAACGCCUCCUACGACUACGCGCUGAUGGCUGUCCCCUUCUCCAUCAUCCGCAAGUGGCGCCUCCCCUCCCUGCCCCUGACCAUCUCCAACGCCAUCAAGGAGCUCCCCUACACCAGCGCCUGCAAGGUUGCCCUCGAGUUCUCCGAGCGCUUCUGGGAGCACUAUGAAAACCCCAUCGUCGGCGGCUGCAGCACCACCUCCGACAUCCCGGGCAUCGGCUCCACCUGCUACCCCUCGUACAACAUCAACGGCACCGGCAAGGCGACGAUGCUCGCCAGCUACAUCUCCGGCGACUGGGGCCACCGCUGGGCGUCCGUCUCCGAGGCGGAGCACGUGCAGUACGUCCUCGACGCCAUGGUCGAGAUCCACGGCGAGAACACCCGCGAGCUGUACACUGGCAACUACAACCGUCGCUGCUGGGUGCUCGACCCCCUCGAGAGCGGCUCCUGGGUCAGCCCCGUUGCUGGCCAGCACCAGCUGUACAUUCCCGAGUACUUCAAGACGUACGACAACAUGAUCUUCAUCGGCGAGCACACCUCCUACACGCACGCCUGGAUUUCCUCGGCUCUUGAGUCCGGCAUCCGUGGCUCUGUGCAGCUGCUCCUUGAACUCGGUCUCGUUGACGAGGCCAAGGCCGCUGUCAACAAGUGGAUGGCCAGAUGGAUCGACAUUUAA